AUGGCUGCAUCAAAAAAAUCCCAAGAUUCCAUCCACAAACGCCUGAAAAUAACCAUCGAAAUGAAGCAUCAGAUUAUAAAAGAUCGAGAACGUGGCUUGAGCGUUACCGAUUUGGGCCGAAUCUACAAUCGUCCUACGUCGACAAUUUGUACGAUUCUCAAAAACAAGGAUAAGAUAAAGGAUAUAGAUGCUUCUAGAGGGGUCACCAGAAUAUCUGCACAAAGAUUACGAAUCCUGGACGACGUUGAAAGGAGUCUUUUGAUCUGGAUCAAGGACAAACAGUUGCAAGGUGAUUUGGUGAAUGAGAAUGUGAUUUGUGAAAAGGCCAAGCAGAUUUUUGCAGAACUUGUGCAAAAGACACCUGAUGUCGACCAGGAAGGUUUCAAAGGCAGCCGUGGUUGGUUCGAGAAAUUUAAAAGACGUACAGGCAUUUGCAGUUUUGGUGAAGCCUCCAAAGCUGAUACGACAGCUGCUGAUAAGUUUAUCAAAAACUUUAAAAAACUUUGUGCUGAAUUCGAGCCUCAACAAGUCUUCAACUGCAGUGCUAUGAGUUUGUUAUGGAAAAACAUUUCCAAAGCUGAAGACACCACCAAAACUGUAAACAAACAUCGUCUGUCCUUGCUUUUGUGUGCAAAUUCCAGUGGCGAUUUCAAGCUCAAACCACUACUUGUGUACAACUCCGAAACACCAGCAGAAUUUCUUAAAUACAACAUUGACAAAAACAAACUUGAUGUCAUGUGGAGGAGUCACAAAAAAUGCCUUGUGCAAUCUGAAUUGUUUGCAGACUGGUUUGAAGAAGUUUUUAGACCAUCUGUACACCUGUAUUUGGUGCAACAAAAUUUACCAGUCAAAGCCUUACUUGUACUAGAUUCAAAUUUAAGCACAAACUUACCAAAGGAUGACAAAAUCUUAAUUCUGCCUCUACCACCAAAUACUGCACCUCUGGUACAACCGAUGGACCAGACGAUUUUACCAACUUUUAAGCAACUUUACACCAAAGAAUUGUUAGAUCACUGUUUAGCAAUGGCCAAAAAAUCUAAAGUCACCCUUGAUGAAUUCAGCAAAAACCACUUCCACAUCGUAAUGUGUCUCACCAUAAUCAACAAAAUUUGGACAGAAUUUCCUAAAACAACCCUGACCUCAGCUUGGAAAAUUUUGUGGCCAGAAAUUAUUAUAGAAAACGACUGGGAAGGUUUUGAAUCUUUGCCUGUCGAACCUGUAAUUGAUGACAGGGUCACCAAUAUGGAUGAAGAUCUAGAUAUUAAAGAAGAACUCAAUGAAGAUUUUGCUCUAGAGUCUGACAAAGAUGAUGUACUACCAUCUUCUGAUGAGAUACAAGAAGUCUUAAAUGCUUGGCAAAUUGUGGAAAAUUUUGUUGGGAAAUAUCAUCCUAACCAAGAGGUUGCUAUGAGUGCUGUCAAUUUGUUCAACUAUAAUGCUGUUUCCCAUUUUCGUGAAAUUUUGGAACGUCGAUAG